AUGCCUACCCCACCUGAAGGACCUACAUCCGAUGUGGAGGACGCUGGUGCUGAGUCCAGUGGUGGCCGCGAGGACGCUGCUGCUGGGGAUGGGGCUCCGCACUCUGGUGCUCCGCGCUGGACUGAAGAGGACUGGAAGCGUUGGAACGCCGGCACAUGGAGUUGGCACCAAGGUGAGGAAGAUAGGCUACUUGAGGAAAAGAUCGAAGCCUGGCGGCAGCGUGUGACACGCUUGAAGGCCAACAAGCAGGCUCUGGUGCUCUACAACAACCUCACUGGCAAAGCAUGGCGCGACGCUGAAGACUUGGACCUCUCCGCCCUGGACGACCCCUACGGCGUGGACCGCUACAUGGCAUGGAUCACCCAGCGCUACUUGGACAAGGAGGUGGUGAAGGCCGGCAAGUACAUGAGUGACUGUUUCAACUUGUUUAAGAAGGGCCCAAACCAGGACAUCAGGGAUUACAACAGCGAGUUCGACCGCCACCUGGCCAGGCUGAAGGAGGUCGGUUGCGUUCUUCCUGGACUUUGCAGCUCUUGGUGGUACGUCGACCAGCUGCGGUUGGACAACUCCACCGAGCUGAACCUUCUCUCCUCUGUGAACAACCAGCAUGACGUGGCCAAGUUGCAAGAGGCCGCCGUGGCCCAAGACCGGAUGAAUAGGCCGAUCUGGGAGAACUCAAGGAAACCUGAUGGUCGAAAUGAGAAGAAGAGUCAGCAGGCCUCCUACAUCACGGAGCUCGACGACAUUCCGGAUAUAUUCCGGAGUACCUCGACGAGUUGGUCGACAUCGAGCCCUACGGCCUUUGUGGCCUACCAGAAUGCGAAAGUCAAGUACAGUGAUGUGCUCAAGGCAAGGGGGACGAACCCAGCCAAGGCUAGGGAGGAAACCCUUGCCAAGGCUAAAUCCCGUUCCUUCUGCUCGGCAUGCGGCAAGAAGGGACACUGGCAUAAGGAUGUUGCAUGCACAAAGGACAAGGGCAAGACGGGCGAUGGUGCCCCACAUGUCACCCAUCUUGUUUUCUACACGGACGGCUUGGACCUGGACACCGUGGUGGACUGUGCUUGCAGCCGGACGUUGGCUGGCGUGGCAUGGUGUAAGAAGUACUUGGAGGUUGUGAAGAAGUUCGACCUCCCCCUACAUCAUGAUCGAGCAGGAGGAGCACUUCAAGUUUGGUGGACUGCGCCUCUACCCUUCGACGAAGGCCGGUCUUGGCCUCAAUUGGGGAUGAACUACAAGAUGGACACGAACGUUCCGGACUUCUCCAAGCUCAAGCUGACGGAUGUGAUUUUGAGUUUCACGGCAUCUGGCCACCCAAAGGUCAAUGCUUUGGAUUUUGGUGAACCGCCCCAAGUGCCAACAUGGCCCGAGGGAGUGGAUUGGAGUGUGACGGAAGUCCACAUUUUAGCACGACAUGCUGCGACGUCUCGAGCAUACAUGGUGAGUGCGGAGCUGGUGGAAGCUUUGGAGCAUCUGGACAUUCCAGACCGGCACGCAUGGACAAUGCCGGAACUACGGCUGGAAGCUCGAGAAGCUCGUGGCGGUAUGUCCCACAAGCCCGUGGGCCUGACCCACAUGUGUCUGGACAACCUGAAGGUGAAGUGCGCCGAGGAAGGAAGCGGGCAGCAACCACAGCACUCACCGGACCUGGCGCAACUAGGUGGGCGCAAGCCGAGAAGACCGAGAACAUCGAGAAGACGCCGCAUGGAGGGAGAUUCGAGCAGCGGUUUCGAUCUGAUCUUGGAGGCGGACCAGUCAGUGGAGGACCAGAUCAAGGAAAAGAAACGGGAAUAUUGGAAGAAGAUGGAGGAGCUUCACAAACUCCCUCGAUCAAUGGGGGCUAGGAGCUGCUACAUCACUGAGGAUGUCAGCUCGCUCGGGAUCAACCACGCCUCUGCCGAGCCCUAUGAACUGGACAACGACGAGAUCUUUGCAGGUGCGGCCGCCACUGACCCCUUGGACAUUGAUGAAUAUGACUUGGACAAGAUCUGUGCCGAACUCUUCGCGGGUUCGGCACAUCUCACUGAGGAGUUUGCGGCCAAGGGCUACAACGUCUUCGAGCCGAGGGACAUCCUCUUGGGCCACAACCUUUUUGACCCUUUGCAGCAGGAGACCGUGUUCAACGGCAUCAACUACAAGAAGCCGAAGUUGCUUUGGGUCGCUUUGCCAUGCACCAAGUGGUCCCAAUGGCAACGUUUGAACUAUGCUCGACGACGUCAAGCCCUACGCCGAGCUCGUGCAGAACAACGCCGACUCAUCCACUUUGCAGUGGAAUGUGCUUGGAACCAGAUCGCCAAUGGCAACGAGGGACGCAAUCCCGAGCCCGCAGGGGCUUACACCAAGACCUGCUGUCGGGCAGUCAUUGAAGGCUACCAGAACAUGUCCAGUAGCAUAUGGGCCCCGCCGGGCACCCAUAAUGCUGCUAACCAAACCUGGGAAGCACUAGCCGCUGAGGAAGCCGCUGGUGCUGAUGAAGAUGUACAAGACCCCAAGUUGACCAGUAUUGAUUUCCCUGCACAUGUUGCACAUGUCCUGUCGGUGCUUGACAUGGCCUCUGGUUACCACAUGGUCAAGCAGAUCCAUGGCCGGAAGUCGACUGACCUGUUGGCCGACUUCACUGAUUGCUGGAUGGUCUUGGCAGGGCUCACUGGCAGCAGGGAGCCACUGAAGGAACAACCUCCGCCAGAACAACCUUUGGCCAUGGUCUCGGCGGCCAAGAACAACCUCCGCCAGAAGCAUGGCUACUCACCGGCCCAAUGGCUAUUUGGUGCGGAACCUCGCCUAGGCGAUGCCAUGUUUGACGAGGACCUCUACUACAAGGAAGAACUUCGUUCUCCCGACGAAAUUUGGCGACGACGCCAAACUAUCCAACUUGCUGCCUUCCUGCAGACGCAGGCUGGCACCCCACUACGCCGUGCUCUUCUUGGUCAACCACGCUCCAAUGCCGAGGUCUAUGAGCAGGGCGAUUAUGUCUACAUCUACAGGGUCCACAAGACCGUGUGGUGGUUGGAAGGGAAGGUUCAUCCUAUUGGCUAUCUCCAAGUGAAUGGUGUGUCCUUUGUGCUGCAGAACAUCUUCGGCCUGCUGAAUCUGAAGAGCUGGGUUUGGCAUUCCAAUCAUUUUUCAUUCCAAAUGAAACGGGUAAAGGACGAUCUUAUGCGUCUGGUGCAUCGUUUGGACAACAGCGAUGACGAUGCCUUCACCGAUGCCACUGGCCCCAUUGACCCGAAGCGACAGGUGACGUAUGAAGCCGUCCCCGAACGAGUGCGAACACAGGGAGUUGUUCGCAUGCACAAAAGAUCUGUACCACCUGGCGCUGAUGACAAGCCAAAUCGGUCAAGGCCACUACCACCGGUACCAGGUUCUGACUUGGAAGAACUUCUGGACACAGAAGUUGCACUCAUGGUGGAGAAGCAGGUCCCACGUUCCAUCGUCAAACAGAGUGACAAAGAAGUGAAGUGGGAAGAUAUACCGGAGGAGGAACGACAUCCAUAUCAUGCUGCUGAGGCAAAGCAGUGGGCAGAACAUUUUCACUAUGGAGCUGUUCGAAUCCAUGGACCCCAAGAAGCUGAGUGGCUGCGCCAAGCAGUUCCUCGCGCACGUAUCCUGAGGGCACGUUUUGCCUACCGAUGCAAAAAUGUGGCCAAACGGCGCGAAGACAGCACCAUCCCAGCCAAACCAAGGAAGCUUGCUGCGGGCGACGUGGGGGCAGCCUUUCCCAAUGGCAUUGAAUCCAACGGUGGCCUCUAUUUUGAACCAAAACGCCGUGGGUUCCCUGGAGUAAAGCCUUGUUCACUCGUGGAGAUCGUUGGGGGUGUUUUCGGCCUAUCAAAUUCACCACGCCUAUGGUGGGAUAAGCUGGUCACGGAGCUGUUGGCCUUGAAGAUUAACGCGGGGGUGGACUUUUCGACCUUCUCACACCAUGAGUUGGACCCUUAUUUUUUUUACGUGAUGAGAUGGGGAAAACUACAUGGUGCCCACGUCACCCACGUCGACGACCUCUUGGUGGCAGCUCCUCUUUCGGAGAUGGGUCAACUACAGCAAGGACUUUCUCGCAUCUUCACCGUUGCCGAGUGGGAGGCCGACCUCUUUGAGUACGCUGGUGCCACCAUCAAGCAGGAGAAUGACACCAUCGAGCUCCACCAAACUUCCUACAUCAAUGCCCGCUUGGAGACGGUCGACAUCCCCAAGGACGCUGUGGCGGAGAACCUGGCAAACCAGGCUGGAGUUUCUUUGGCACAACGCCGUCAAGAGGAACCAACGUACCAUGAUGUUAAAAACACAAACAAGCUGGUGAAACUGGCGCAAGCCGGGAAGGGCGAACCGCUCAAGUUCACCGAGCUCGUGGAGGACUUGCACCUCCUUGUGUAUCACGACGCCGCCUGGGCAAACGCAUCACUAGACCCUGAGGUCGACGACUACGAUGAUUACUUGGCAUCUGGACAACUGGGACACAUCCUACUCCUGAGCCGUCGUGUUUUGACUGGCCAGGAGGCAUCAGCCAUGGUGGUGGGCUGGAAACCUCAUGCGUGCCCAAGGGUGUGUCGCAGCACCUUGGCAGCAGAAGUCAUGUCCAGUUUGGAAGACUGGGAGGACGCCCUUUGUUCGAGAUCCUUCAUCGCUGGGGGGCUUUACAGGGACCACCUCAUGGACUUGUGA